AGAAAAAGACGUGAUGACGUCCACUCCAGAUUGCGUAUUAUGGGAUGUGCGGAAUUAAACAACCCGACGAGGACACGGGGAAGCCAAAUAUAAUAAAAGAGACAGAAAUAAACGAGGUGCAUGGUGAAUCAUGGAGCUCUCGGCUGUUGGUGAGAGCGUCUUCGCAGCCGAGUCCAUCAUUAAACGGCGAAUCAGACGGGGUCGCUGGGAAUAUCUCGUGAAAUGGAAGGGCUGGUCUCAGAAGUACAGCACUUGGGAGCCGGAGGAAAACAUUCUGGACGCACGUCUCUUCGCCGCCUUCGAGGAGAGGGAGCGCGAAAGGGAGCUGUUCGGGCCGAAAAAGAGGGGACCCAAACCCGAGACAUUUCUCUUGAAGGCCAAAGCCAAAGCCAAAGAAAAGACGUAUGAAUUUAGAGGAGAGGGUCCCAGGGGGAUCCAGGUUUCCUACCCCAUCCCGGAGCCUGUCAUAACACCGAGGGCCCGGGAGGGUUUACGCACUGUGGUUCCCACAAUCUUCCCACCGAGCGCGGUCAACAGAGGAGAGAGUGUCCACGUCCGACCACCGGAGCUCGAGAGGAGGCCCAGGCCGCCUCCGCCAGCUGCCUUGACAGUCCAAGAAUCCACCCGGAUCCCCAAAAAGAGAGGUCGCAAACCGAAGCUGCAUUUACAUUAUGGUAAAGACGACGGAGGCCGCUCCGCAGAGCCGGACGCCAAACGGGGCAGGCUCCUGGAGGAGUCACACGGUGUGUCCAAAAUGCCGCGACGCCUGCACCCUCACGGGGAGAUGUCAGACCACAGCCUCAUCCAGCUGACCAAGAGGUUUCAGGAGGAGACCACGAUAACGCCCAAAUCCUGCAGCGGGCACAGACGCGUGGGGGGCGCGAGGUUGUCCUACAGCUGCGCGUUCGAUCCAGAUGUGCGCAGCAGUGGUCCGGGGGCGCACAGGACUAGUUGUGUGAGCGGGAUGACUAUCCCUCAGCCCAGGAAGCUGAAGCACUCUGCAGAAGCCCGCAGACACCAGGCGAAUGAGUGCUGUCUGCCCCGGGAGCAACCUGACGGCGUCCCCGCAAAGGCCGAGGCCCUCCACGACUCGUCCGCGGGCCCAGCCUCGUCCUGGGCCCCCUGUUUCACCAACGUGGACACUGUGACCGUGACGGACGUCACCAUGAACUUCCUGACAGUGACGGUGAGAGAGAGCAGCACGGACGAAGGCUUUUUCAGAGGGAAAAGAUGAGUAUGUGCUCUGCGCGGAGGUCAGAGGAGGCUAAGAUAUGCUUAUAUUAAAAAAAAAAAAAAAGCUUUACAAGCUACUAACUAACACGCCGACUGUAAUCCUAUAUUUUUUCUAUGUAACUUUCAAACG